UUAGUCAGGAGCGCCGUCCACCAUGUCGGCCGCGGUGAUGUCCCUGCAGCCACAUGCCUUCACGCGAUACGAGUGGCUACCAAAAAGCACCUCGGGCACGAGCACCAAGCACCGCGCCCUCUGCAUCGCCUGCGCCUACCCCGGAACCAGCUACGAGCUGCACGGCACCGUCAAGGAUCAAGAGGCACUCAAGAAGGGCCUGGAGGACAACGGUUACUCGGUGACCUUCCUCUCCGACGCGGAUGAUAAGCACGCGGUGCCUACGAAGGCGAAUAUCCUCAAAGAGAUUGCCAACCUCUGCGACUGGCUGAAUGAGGAGAAGGGGCGAAUGGGGUGGAUCAGCUAUGCAGGCCACGGCACGCAGACCAAGGCGCGCGCGACGGUGGCGGGCGAGGAGCCAGAUGGCAAAGACGAGGCGAUGGUUCCGACGGACUACCCGACCGCCGGCUUGCUCACUGACAACGAGCUGAACCAGACCAUGCUCAAGAGCCACAAGGUCCAGAACGGCUGCGCAAUGAUCAUCUUCAUGGACUGCUGCCACUCUGCCUCCAUCCUCGACAUCCCCUAUGCGCUCGAGACAGAACCGGUCGGGCCCAAAUACGUCGAGGACAAGUCGAUCGGCGACAUCUUCGGCGUUUCGGCUGCGGCGGACGACAAGGUGGCGUACGAAACGGCCGCCGGCGGCGUCUGCACGCGCGCCUUCAUCGAGGCGGUCAGGAAGCUGGGCAAGGGGGCGCUGCCUGCAGAGAUCUUGCUGGAGAUGCGGCAGUACGCCAAGGACCAGAACAUGGACCAGCUCAUCACGAUGCACUCCAAUCGGCAAUUCACGUUUGGCGACUUUCAGAUUAUGAAGGGCGUGGAUGUGGUCAAGGAGGCGGCUCCUCCGGUGUCCGCGCCCCCGGCACCCGCGCCUGCGACAGCGCCUUCGCCCGCGGCAGAGCCUCCGGGACACGCCGGCUACAACCCCGCGGCGCACACCUCGCACGUUUACACGGCCCCAGCGACCUCCAAGCCCGACCUCACCAAGGUCAAGGGGGGCGAGGAGCUGAACCGCCCUCCGGCUCAGGCUCCGCCCACGGCUCCGGCUACGAGCGGGAAGAAGGCGGGCGGGAAGGGCAAGGCCGGCACCAAGCCGGCCACCCAGCCGCAGUCGUCGUGCUGCGUCGUGUGUUGAGACGAGAGAAAACACGCCGUGCUCCCAUGCCGUGUGAGACGUGAAUGUGUCACGAAAUUGUGCUGGGAUCUUCUAUUCGUCCUAUACGUCAUCUGGAGAUGG